UCCGACCACAGGGGCGGCGCUGCACUUCAGUGUAUCUCUGCCAUACAACGACGACGAAGAAGCAGAACCGGACGCUACUUGUGGCGUAAACAAUAAACAAUUUUGUGCUGGGAAGAUAGUGACAUUGCGGUCACGUUGGUGUCACAAUAAAAGACAUGCAGUCUGCGGUGAAACAAAACUUUCAUGCAGAAACUGAAGGAGAUGUCAACAAACUGAUCAACCUGAAGUUAAAUGCAUCCUACGCCUACCUUGCCCUGGGUAUGUAUUUCGACAGGGAUGAUGUUGCUUUGCCAAACUUCUCCAGUUUUUUCCUGGAGCGUUCAGCCAAAGAGAGGGAACAGGCUGAGAAGCUGCUGGAAUACCAGAACAUGAGAGGCGGACGAAUUUUGCUUCAGAACAUCUCUAAACCAAGUAAAGAAGACUGGAAGGGCGGUCUGGAUGCAAUGACCUUUUCCCUGGAAUAUCAGAAAACCUUAAAUACACGUAUCCUUGAUGUGCACCGCAGAGCUGGCAGCCAUACUGAUCCCCAUCUGUGUGACUUCCUCGAGCAGCACUUCCUCGUCGACAGCCAUGACACCAUCAAGAAGCUGGGCGACUACAUUGGCAGUCUCACCCGCAUCACUGCGUCUGAAACGACCGGUGCUAUGGGAGAAUACCUCUUUGACAAGCACACUCUGUAAAAGGUCCUGGGAGAACAGUGAAAAAGGUCCACAUUUCAAAAUAUACAGAGAUAGGCAAAGGCAAUAAUCCACACUGUACGUCCUUUCCCAUUAAAACUUUACAAAGUUGUUACAGUCAACCACAGGUAUUAUCCAAUUGCACUAGACCAAGUUAAAUCGAAAUGCCUCAGUUUUUCUUAUAAAGAAAAGAAAUUCAAAUGUGUUGGGGAAAUUGUUCUCAUAAAUGUGGUGCUAAACACUACCGUUUUUCUAAGCUGUUACAAUGAGUAACUUGUUCAUGUGGAUUCUGUUUUUUAUCAUGUGUGAAACAUUCCAUUGUCAUGUUUCAACCCACAGAACAUUUUUAUAAAUGAACAAUUUUUGAAGAAGGAAAAACAAAUGGACAUUUCAAACAUUCAAUAAAGUCUCAUUAUGCUGAAAAA